CCAAGAUCAAGCUAAAUAAAUAACCUGCAGGAAUCCGACCGGUCUUAAAGGAGACAGCAACUAGUUCUCACUCAAUACAAAAAGGCUACCAGUAGGAUGUCUACCCCUAUCCAGGAGGAUGAGGACUUGCCCGCCAAUCACACAGGUCCAAAAGGUGUCAUUAAUGACUGGAGAAGGUUUAAAUUGGACAGCGUGGAUCAGACUGUCCCCCAAAAUAAGAGAGAGCUGCUAAGACAAAUGUCCAGUCCUCGAGAUGAUGACAAGGAAAGAGGCAACAGAAAGAUGAGCGCCCAGGAGUACGAACUGAUCCAAGAGGAGGACGAGCGUUGCCUGAAACGCUACAGAAAACAGUGUAUGCAGGAAAUGCAUGAGCGCUUGAGCUUUGGCCCCAAGUUUGAAGCAGUCUACGAGCUGGAGAGUGGAGAAGCCUUCCUGGAAGUCAUAGAGAAGGAACAUCGGUUAACCCUCGUGGUAGUCCACAUCUACGAGCAAGGUGUCAAAGGCUGUGAACAGAUGAACUCGUGUCUGGACUGUCUGGCUUUGGAGUAUUCCAGUGUUAAAUUCUGUCGUAUUGAUGCUGUGGCAACAGGUGCUGCUGAGCGCUUCUCCUCUGAGGUUCUUCCUGCCCUGCUGGUGUACAAGGCCGGUGAGUUACUGGGUAAUUUCCUGGCUGUUACCAAGCACUUCAAUGAAGAGUUCUUUGCGACGGAUGUGGAGGCGUUUCUCAAUGAAUACAGCCUCUUACCUGAGAAGGACUUCACGGCAUGUGCUGAUGAGGAGGAAGAGGGAGUGGAUGUGGAAUAGGAGAAGGGAAGAGAAAAGAAGGCACUGUAGUAGAAAGAGGAAACGGGAAGAGGGGAUACAACAGGAAAGGAGCAAAGGAAAGCAGAGCUGAAGAAAGGAAUUGGGGGAAGAAGUGAAAGAAAUCAUAUAUAUAUAUACAUUAUGUAUUGCACGUACAGACAUAUAGUAAACAUCCAUUGGUACACACUGAAUGUGGAUGGUUUCUAGAAGCAGUUAGGUGUAAAUCACAUGGUGAUUUGAACAUAUGUGCUGAAACACUGCUUGACAUUCAUAUCAUAGCUCUCCCAUUAAA